CUUUGUUACGCUGUCUUUUGGGCAGGGAUGGUAUACAUAGCAGUGAUCGCGUUCAAGCAAGGUCACCCAGCAAGGUUGAGCUAUGGGAUAGACUCUUCUGGGAACACAUGUGGUCAGAAGAACGCAUGGAAUGGUGGCUCCGGGCCAGACCUGACAGAAUACAAGAAUUUGUAUUACCUCAACCCCUUGGAGCUCCUUGACACAAAUACCUUCCUGGGAGCCAGAUCAGUGUGUGUCAAGGAGUGCCUUGGAACGGAGAGCGCAUGCAGCAUCAGCAGCUUGCCGUGUAGGAGCAAUGUACAGUACAGGUGCCCGUACUAUCGUCUUGCCCAAGACAAUCUCUUUGGCACGCUCAAUGUCACAGAGGAGUGGAGCACCUCUUACUGGGGCAGCAUCUCCAGCACAAACAUCACCGCUGGGCAGUGCAAUAUUCUGCUGCAGUAUCUGCCUGACAAGUUCCGGGCGGAUUUUUUUGGCAAUGUCAGCAAUCCCCUGUGUGGGGAGUACCUGCAGCUGACAUCCUUGUACCCUGGCCGGGGCCCCUGCUACCCAGUCCUCUUGGAAACGGUGGACUAUUUCAACAGGUGUUUGCCCAAAUUUUCGCCUGAGCUGAUGGCGGAGCUUGUGUCAGCAUCCGAUACCUCACAGAGAAUCCUGUCCUCAAACUCCACUUCCUCCGUCAACAAGUAUUUCAACACAUCGUCCCAGCGGCUGCAGCGCUACAUCGCUGACAUCCAGAAGGGAUUUGUCAUCAUCGUUGUGGCUGGUUUGGUGGGCGGCCUGAUCCUGUCUCUGAUAUGGAUGAUCCUCCUCAGAUUCAGCGCCGGCCUGAUGGCGUGGUUUGUGAUCCUGGCUGUCAAUGCAGCCUUUGCAGCAUGCACCAUCCUCGCAUUCACAAAGGCAGGGAUGCUGGGGAAUUUUGGGGCGGUGGGAAUGUAUGUCCGGGAUCAGGUACCCUUUAGCGAGGACCCCAGUGCACAAGAUAGGAAGAUAUGGCAGAUCUGUGCAUAUGUUGCCGUGGGCCUCACCGGCCUGCUCAUCAUCUUCACCCUGGUCAUCAUCCGCCGUGUGGCGGUGGCAUGCAUCAAGGUGGCUAGCCAGGCAGUGGCCACCAUGCCCACACUUCUCUUCUGGCCGCUGGUGCCAUUUCUGGCGCUCUGCUGCUUGGUUGUGUACUGGGUGGCAGUCGCGGCUUUCCUGUACAGCGCAGGAGACAUCAAGCCUGCUCAACUGACUGCCUCCACCUCUGGAGCUCUCAGCCUUGCUGUGUUGUUUGACUCACCAGCAAACUCCACAGCAGCCCUGCCCGCCCCCGUACUGCCAUACUUCCCUGCCAACAUCACAGCGACAGAGUGUUCUGAGCGGCCAGAUUGUUACUUCACUCCAUCCUUCAGCAGACCACUGCAGUACAUGUUCAUCUACCACUUCUUUGGCCUCCUUUGGGCAAACCAGUUCAUUGCCGGCUUUGGGUGCAUGACGAUAGCAGGGGCAAUUGCGCAGUUCUAUUAUGCGAAGGGACAUGCGGAUGCAAUGCCCUCAUCGCCAGUCUGGAGCUCUUUCAAAGUGACCCUUAUCUACCACAUGGGAACUGUGGCCAUUGGGUCCUUUAUCCUGGCCCUGUUGAUGUUCAUCAGAAUCGUCCUUGAGUUCAUCCAGAGGCGGACAAAGUACUUUGCCCGGACAAAAUACACCUCCUGGCUGAAGUACAUCAUGGGCUGCAUCUCCUGCUUCCUCUGGAUCUUGGAGAAGAUUGUCAAAUUUAUCAACAAGAAUGCAUACAUCAUGGCGGCGAUUCACGGCAACGGCUUCUGCACAUCGGCCACGCUGGCUGUAAAGACCAUCGUGACCAAUGUGCUCCGAGUGGCGGCAGUAGACACUGUUGGAGACGCGCUCGUGUUCCUGGGGAAGCUGUCGGUCAUGGCUGGGUGCGGCGUGAUUGCUCUGCUGAUGAGCACGCUCACUUACUACACAGACCCAGUGAAAUACCCAAAUACCUUCAUGUCCAGCCCGCUCCUGCCCGUCAUCCUGUCGCUGCUCAUCGGCUACAUCGUCGCAUCUGUCUUCUUCAAUGUGUAUGAGAUGGCAAUUGACACCAUUUUGCUGGCGUUCUGUGAGGAUUGCGAGUCCCACGGUGGACACCCAAAACAUGCGCCGCCACUGCUUCUUGAAGCCAUUGGAGAAAUGGAAGCCUCUGCUCCCAGUAAGAGCUCAAAAAUUACCAGGAGAAGCAGCUCUGGGGAGGCAGCUUUGGAGCCUUGA